UUCAAACCUGCAGAGAUUGAUGCCAUCCUGAAUGAUUUUAAUGAGCCCGGUUCACUUGCUCCAACUGGUCUGCAUCUCGGUGGCUCAAAGUACAUGGUCAUUCAAGGGGAAGCAGGGGUUGUCAUUCGAGGAAAGAAGGGACCGGGCGGUAUUACCAUAAAAAAGACUAAUCAGGCUCUACUCAUUGGUAUCUAUGAUGAACCAAUGACUCCUGGUCAGUGUAACCUGGUUGUUGAGAGGCUUGGCGAUUAUCUCUACGAUCAAGGUUAUUAAUUUACUGAAUCUCCGUUCGAUAUGUUUGUAUUGAAGAUUGUGGUUGUUUGCUUAUGAUGGAUACUCAUCAAGAGUUGGGAAGUGGUAGAUAUGACUUCUUUCUGGAUUCAAACAGUUUUUAUCUUUUGUAUUUUGAUUUUGCAAGAAUUGCUUUAAAUUAUUUUCAAGUGAGGCCCUCAGAUUAUUUUUGAGAGUGGAAUGGUUGUUGGUACCUAAAAAUGGAUUUCACUUUGCACAACAUUUGGUUUGUGUAAUAUACAGCUCAUGGAUUUUAUCUUUCAAA